AAUAGGUGCUUCUGUGGCUUGUAAUUUCAUCUAUCGGGAUAUAAAGAGAAGGUAUAUAUGCGAGCUUAUCUUAAGGUGGCCGGAGAGAAUGCGUGUGAGCAAUGAACUUCAGUGAGGCUUACACUCACACCUGCUCCACGGUGGGGGCCGCGGCCAGGGCAGGAGACCUCAUGGCACUUCAACAACUGGUCUGGAAUGGUGGGCCUGUUGAUGUGCGUGACAACCGUGGGUGGCGUCCAAUCCACGAGGCUGCUUCCCAUGGCCACCCAGGCUGCCUUGAGUUUCUACUGAGACAAGAUGAGACUGAUCCAGACUGGGUGUCAUUUGCUGAGGAGACUGCUCUGUUGCUAGCAGCACGCCACUGCCAUCUGGACUGUGUCCGAGUGCUGCUGUCUUUCCAGGCUGACCCCAACAUCGCUACUAAUGAAGGCUUCACUCCACUGUGGGAAGCAACCAAAAUGGAAUGUUAUGAGUGCUGUAGAUUGUUGAUACGUAGAGGAGCUGACACUAACACCAAGAUGUACACCAACUACACCCCGAUCCACCUGGCUGUAGAGAAGGGGCUGGACAACCUCGUCGACUAUCUCCUCAAUCACGGGGCCAAGCUGGACGUCCUUGCUGACCACCAUCUCACACCCAUAUUCCUGGCAGCUCAGUUUGGUCGCACUGGUAGUCUCCGAUGCCUCCUCAAGGCAGCCAAGAGCAAAGGCCUGCUGGACUUGGUGAAUGAAGGUGCGGAGGACAACGCCUCCCCGCUGCUGAUCGCGGCGCAGGAGGGGCAUGAGGAGUGUGUGCAGCUGCUGCUGGAGGCGGGGGCCAAUGCCAACAUGUCCGUCCGAGACAUCAACGCUGUACCCCUGCAGUAUGCCGUGUAUAAAGGACACAUUGGCUGUGUGAAGCGGUUGCUGCCGGUGACGCAGCUGCAUGUGUUCCGAGAGACGUACUCCGACAUGCACCCUCUCCUCCUUGCUCUCAAGUUGAGUAAUACCCUCAUCCUGGAGACACUCCUCACCUCAGGGUUUGAUCCGUCUCUAUCCCUCUCCCUGGAUGCAGACCAACUUACCGAGCUGUCGCCCUUGGCAACAGACAUAGCAUCCGCCACACAUGGAUCCGUUCUGUGUCACGUGAAGGAUGACUGGCCACUAGACGGGGUCAGCUUGUUGUUAAAAGCAGGACUGAGUCCUAAUUCACAAACUAAAAAAGACCUGCCUCCAUUACUAGUCAUGUUGUGGAACAAGAACUUCCAGUUCUAUAGGCUUCUGCUGGAACACGGCGCCAACCCCAACAUUUACCAUGAUAAUAUUGUAGGCAAUAUUGCAAUGCUGUUGGCCUUGCGGAAUGAUAUCCACAAGGCGGAGACGGACAAGUGUUCAUAUGAGUGCCCCACCCACCUGCAGUACCUGUGGCCGCUACUUGUUGCAGGGGGUGAAGCUGUGUCUCUGUUCGCCUCCCCCUCUGUAGACAGUGACAUGGAGACGGGGGACCGCAUCAGCCUUCUCCAUCUACUCAAGACACAGGACAGGAAGAGUUCCCUGCCUAUUGUCGGCUUCCUGCUCUUCUUCUGCCAUUUUGUGGACAUUUCCAGUGAUGUGUGUGAUUUGUUUGAUCCUGAAGAUGCCAAAACGUUGCAGAGGAUAUCAGCUUCCACAAAAAGCCUUGCUCACAUUUGUCGUCGGAAAAUAGUUCUAGAAUUGGCCUCGUGCGGGAAAUUCAACAAGAAAACCCUUGAGUCCAUUCCACUGCCCUCCACAAUCAAGGAAUACCUUCGCUUCACAGAGUUCGGAUCUCUGGGACACUUUGUGCUAGAUCUACAGUCAAAUCAACUUAGCAAUGAAACUUUUCAAUAGUAGUGAGGUCACUUGAUAGAAAUUGCACUGAAAAGUUACUGUGUUAUUUUGUUAUAAGUAAAAGAGGCAAUAUUCAAAAUAUGAAAACAAAACCCAGGAAACUUUCAAGUUUGGACAGCAAGGGAAGAAAGUGCUGAUUCAGAGUAUUGCUGCCCAGAAUACCAUGUUACUUCUACAUGUUCUUGCAAUUGUGUCACAUUUGUUUCAUCGCCCUCUGCUCAUCCUCAUCCUUGACACAUAAGUUGUAUGAAGAGUUAUUUGAUUGGUAUCCUGCUCCUUGAUAUUACUCCUCCCCAGAACAGUCAGUCGAUCCCCAAGAGUGGCUGAUCCCAGGAAAAUGUGGCUGACCCCAGGGCAACCAGCUGAUCACCAGGACAUUUAGCUGAUCCCUGAGCACAACUUGCUGAUCUCCAGGACAAUUGGCUGAUCCCAGGAAAAAUGACUGAUCCCUGGACAUCGUUGAUCCCAGGUCAAUUGGCUGAUCCCAGGCAAUUGGCUGAUCCCCGGACAAUCGGCUGAUCCCAGGACAAUUGGCUGAUCCCUGGACAAUCGGCUCAUCCCAGGACAAUUGACUGAUCCCCCGGACAAUCAGCUCAUCCCAGGACAAUCAUCUCAUCCCAGGACAAUCGGCUGAUCCCUGGACAAUUGGCUGAUCCCAGGAUAAUUGGCUGAUCCCCCUGGACAAUCAGCUCCUCCCAGGACAAUCGGCUGAUCCUCCAGGACAGUUGACUGCUCCACACGUGUCAGACCACUCGGGAAGGUCAGCCAAGGAUACUAGAAAAUAACGAAUACACAUGGAAGCGACCCAACAUAGUUUACAAUACAUUGGAUAAAGUAUUUCACCAUUUUGACCAGACAAACAUGGGAACAUUAAGAUAUUGUAUUCAAUGUCUUGAAAUCUAUACUGCCGAUGGCAGCCUUCACUGAGUUCUUAUUCAAACAAAUAUAGGAUUAGAUCUUAUUUAUAUAUAGAGGGAAAACUCUUAAUAUUAUCACAUAAGACGACAUCUUAACAUCACAUGAUAUCCAUGUUAACAUCACAUGAUAUCAUCCAUGUUAAACUCCUUGAUAUCAUCCAUGUUAAUAUCACAUGAUAUCAUCCAUGUUAACAUCACAUGAUAUCAUCCAUGUAAGCAUCAUAUGAUAUCCAUGUUAACAUCCAGGAUAUCAUCCAUGUUAACAUCCAGGAUAUCAUCCAUGUUAGCAUCACACGAUAUCAUCCAUGUUAACAUCUUGAGUAUCAUCCAUGUAAACACCCAGGAUAUCAUUCAUUUUAAAAUCCAGGAUAUCAUCCAUGUUAACAUCCAGGAUAUCAUCCAUGUUAACAUCCAGGAUAUCAUCCAUGUUAACAUCAAGGAUAUCAUCCAUGUUAAAAUGCAGGAUAGCAUCCAUGUUAACAUCCAGGAUAUCAUCCAUGUUAACAUCACAUGAUAUCAUCCAUGUUAACAUCACAUGAUAUCAUCCAUGUUAACAUCACAUGAUAUCCAUGUUAGCAUCAAUGAUAUCAUCUAUGCUAACAUCCAGGAUAUCAUCCAUGUUAGCAUCACAUGAUUUCAUCCAUGUUAGCAUCACAGGAUAUCAUCCAGGAUAUCAUCCAUGCUAACAUCCAGGAUAUCAUCCAUGUUAACAUCACAUGAUGUCCAUGUUAACAUCACAUGAUAUCAUCUAUGUUAACAUCACAUGAUAGCAUCCAUGUUAACAUCACAUGAUAUCCAUGUUAACAUCACAUGAUAUCAUCUAUGUUAACAUCACAUGAUAUCAUCUAUGUUAACAUCACAUGAUAUCAUCCAUGUUAACAUCUAUGAUAUCCAUGUUAACAUCACAUGAUAUCAUCUAUUUUAACAUCACAUGAUAUCAUCCAUGUUAACCUCCAGGAUAUCAUCCAUGUUAACAUCACAUAAUAUCAUCCAUUUUAAUAUUGCAUGAUAUCCAUGUUAAUAUUGCAUGAUAUCAUUCAUAUUAUGACUACUUACAAACAAUGACAUUGCACUUUGUUAGAAUUAUUACCAGUUUUGUUGUGUCAUUUCCAACUGACCCCAUGAAAUGUUAAUCAUAUCAAAUGAGUUAAUAACAUCGCUUCAGCAUAUUGUAUAUGUUUUUUAAGAUACGUUUGAAAUUCAAAAUGUUUUGUAUGUUUAUAAAGUUACAAGUUGAUCUACAUCAUGUAUACUACUAGACAUUUGAGGGAUAUUCUGAGUGUAAGAUGGGGGAUACAUCCUGUUGAAUGUUAGGAGAUGUCGGCAUAUGAAUAGGAUGUAGCUUGGCCCUGGAACUGACACCUGUUAAGCUUCUUUUCAAAUGUGUUUGUUUGUUUAACAUCACUCUCAGUAAUAUUCCAACUAUGACAGCAGUCUGUAAAUGAUCGAGUAUGGACCAGACUAUCCAGUGAUUGAUAUUAUGAGCUUCGAUACAUGGAGU